UUAAGUUCGGAACGCUUGAAAUAUGUACAACAUACGAGCACAUUAACUGAGCUCAAGAUCGAUCCUCAAUUGCUAACGUUAAUUUUUUUAACAAAUUUAGCAAAUAGUGAUCUGAUGGCAGUUUUUAGUUAAAUUAAUAAUAAAUAAGUUGCAAAAUAAUUCAAGUGAAAUUUAUCUGUGAUUUAAAAGUUCCUUAAGUGAAACGAACGAAGCACACAAAAUGUUAAUUAGUAAUUGGGGCUUAAUCAAUAACAAAUCGAAAUGCACAAAUACCACGAAAUGAUUGCUUUAAUUGACCGAUUGAAUGAAUAAAAUGAAGUGAAAUGCUUGUAAAGAUGAUUAUGAAUUAACGCCCAUUUUCUUUGAUUAUGUGCUAUGUGUUUGACUAAUUACCUACGCACGGACAUUUGUUACUUAAUUACAACAAUUCCAAAGAGUUUGCUGUAAACAUGAAACUGUCAAUAUCCUUCUUCCUGGUAGUCAUCUGUACCAUGUGUUUGGCUGCUCAACAAAGCCAAGCAAAAAAGGGCUGUAAUGCAUAUGGCUAUGCAUGCUAUGGAGGACACGGUAAACGCUCAUUGAAUUCCCCUGUGCCGGAUAUAUUGUCAACAGGUCUCGACCAGAACGAGUUGAAUCAGCAGCAGCAACAGCCGUCGCCACUGCAGCAACACCAUCCCAAUGCCAUGUUGCAAAUGUAUCCGAGCGAGGCAAACAUGCUCAUCGAUGGUGGUGACCUGGAAGCAUAUCCCAGAUACCGAUUAAUUAAAAUUAUGAAAUCUUGGUUUGGAAACACUCACAGACGACCUGCUGCUGACCGCUUAUCCGACAUCGAUUACCCUAUCUCAGGGGAAAUGUUUAACCAUGAAUCCAAUCCUACAAUAAACAACAACCACAUUACAUACUAAGUUCGAAUAGCAUCCCUACUGAAGAUAACAUCUAACGCUAAAAACCAAAUCAAGCCAAAAGGAGAUUAGUAACUACUGACAUGCGUGUUUUCUUCGUUCCCAAGCUCAUGCUUCUACUAUAUAAACGUUAUCAUCCAUUUCGACUUAAAAACUAUUUUCAAAUUGUAAAUAAAAUAAAUACUACACAAUAAUAACGCGAUUCUCUUAAUUCAUAUGCAAAUAACAAAUCUUACACAGAAAAAAAAAAAUUGUCACAAACUUGCUUGUAAACCAAAUCAAAUAGAAGGAACAAAUUAUAAAAAAAAAAUUUUACUGAAAUUUUUUCGUACAAAAAAAAAAUAAUAAAACAGGGCUGGUAAAAAAUUUCAGUUAAAAAGAAACUUUGAAAAUUGCAAAAAAUAACGAGAUUAUGUAGUAUAAUAAAAGAUACAAUGUGUAUGACUAAGGAAAGCAAAAGACUAUAAAAAAUAUUAUUAAAAAAAAAUCUAGAAACUCUACGAAUAUAUAUUGUAUAUACUAAGACAAUGGAUAUGAAACUACAAUUUUAAAUAAAACUUAACUACUACUACCUACAAUUAAUUGCAAAUAA